AUGGCUGCUCAAACAGGCUUGGAUGUCCUUCGUACGAGAACUAUUGUUGACUGUGAUACCAUGGAUGCCGAAGAUGGUGAGACUAGCUUGAGGAUUGCCCCUCAUAUCAGUGGCCAUGUCCAUAUCCAGACAAACCCUUACUAUUCUUACUCGGUCGAGAAGACCACUGUCAACGCUCUUAGAAUUAUCCAGCUCUUCCAGUAUUUACAGCCAGGCUUCGAGCAGGCGCGCAUCUGCAUCAAGAUCCCAAGUACAUGGGAAGGUAUGGUAGCUUGUCGGACCCUCGAACAAGCUGGAGUACGCACGCUCGCUACCACCCUCUUUACCCUAACGCAGGCGGUGCUCGCUGCGGAAGUUGGCUGCACAUAUGUUGCACCCUAUGUCAAUCAACUCAAGGUCCACUUCGAGCCAGGUUUCACGGAUCCGAACAAGCUGCUACCUCUCUGUGUCGCUAUCCAGAAGUACUACAAAUCGGUCAAUGCUAAAACACAGGUUCUACCAGCCAGUUUAACCUCGACGGAUGAGAUAUUUGCGAUGGCCGGUGUUGAUCAUAUCACCAUCGCACCGAAUCUCUUGCAGCAGCUUUCGCGGCCAGAUUCUGUGCCUCAGAUAGAGUCUCUGUUCGACAGUGGAGCUCCUUUGGUGCUCCCUUCGUCGUCUGUGUCAUUCGUCAAUGAUGAAUCGGCGUAUCGUCUUGCUUUCACUAGAGACCUCCAUGGGGCAAGCGAGGAAAAGCUUACUCAGGCUGUCAAUAUAUUCUGUGAUAUGCAAGACAAGCUUGUCCAACUUGUGACGUCUGUGGUGUGA